AUAUCAUCAAUGCAUCAAACUAGUACUCAUUGCUACUACAAUUCUUAUCUUUUCCAUUCAUUUGCAAUAAGCCUUAACAUUCAUCAAAACCACAAAAUGAUGUUGAAGAAGCAAUCUCAUAUCUUGUCCUUCUCAUUGGCAAUAGUAGUUUCCCUCUUGUACUCUACCACGAUAACUUUAUCGCAAUUAUCACCUGCUAAUGCUCCGAUAAAACCAACCCUACCUUCCCCGACAGUACCAGCCGCAGCCCCGAAACCAUUGGUUCCCUCAUUACCACAAUCACCUUCACCCACCGAUGCCACGCCUGACACUCCAAGCGUUGACAUUGUUGGAAUCCUGAGGAAGGCCAAGUCAUUCAACGUCCUAAUCCGACUCAUGAAAACAACUCAAUUGACUAACCAACUAAAUUCACAACUAUUGACUAUCAAAUCAGGUGGAUUAACAAUUCUUGCACCAGAUGACAACGCCUUCUCAGGACUCAAAGCAGGAUUUCUCAACUCUCUUUCCGAUGGACAAAAACUCGAGUUGUUACAGUUCCACGUUAUUUCAGACUACGUAUCUAGCUCAAACUUCGACACUUUGACAAACCCUGUUAGAACACUUGCUGGAGCUAAACCCGGAAAGGUGGAAUUAAAUGUGAUUAGUUAUGGUGGAAGUGUGAACAUAUCGACAGGGGAAGUCAACACUACAAUUGACGGCAUUAUAUAUACCGAUAAACAUCUCGCUAUUUAUAAAGUUGGUAAAGUACUACUUCCUACAGAAUUCUUUUCCGUUGCUAAGGCACCGGGGAAGGCACCAUCUUUGGCACCAGAACCUUCAGCAUUGACUCCAAAAGCCGAUAAGGAGAAACCAUCAUCAGCAGAUUCCUCAGAUUCAUCAUCUCAGGUUAAGCCUUCGAAUGAUAGUUCUGGUACUGCGAAAAUCAACGUGAAUGGAAAGUGGAUUUCCAUUGUUCUUGGUCUUGGAAUUGUUAUCUUAACUUCACGUUGAUUUUCGCAGUACCGGAACUAUCUACAACAGGAUUUUAAUUUACCAAUGUUCUAUCUAAUUAGGUAACAUGAUAUUAAUAUUCUUGAGUAUAUGAUGAAUUGUUAUGUAAUAAUUGUGAGAGAUGAGUGAUUAAUUACUAUAGUGAUAAAUUUAUAUAUCAGAGUGGAUUAGGGGAUCUGAGAUUCGUAUCUAUCUCUGAAUUUAUAUUUAUUAUUCUAAUAUGAGAGUGUUAAGCAUUUUAUGGUACAAUUUUAUUCCAUUUUGCUUGUAUUC